CAAAUGAAAAAAAAAAAAAAAAAAACGGAUUCUGUUUAGCCCUUAACCCAGCCUCCAUAUGGUCCCAAACGUCCCAUAUGUUGAGAAGCAUUCACUGUCGUUUUGUUACGUGUUUCACUGUCAUACUAAAUUUUCUAAAUCAACAGAAUGCCGCGUGGUGGAAAAGUAAAUAAGAAAGGACGAGCAAGACAUUUCACAAGUCCAGAAGAACUAGAGAGGCAAAGGAGAGAAGAUCAACGCAAUUGGAGGGCCAAAGAAGAGGAAGCAUCAGGUUCUGACUCUGACGAGAGCAAGUCAGACAAAUCAGGAUCAAGUUCUGGUUCGGAAUCAGAAGAAGAUUCAGGGAAUGUGAAACCUCCCAAUACAGCUGUUGAUGUUGAAAAUCCAAACCAUGUGGUCAAACAAGCAAAGAAAGUUGGAGAUUUAGAUGUUAAUGAUGCAUCCAAACCGGAGCUUUCACGUCGCGAGCGGGAGGAAAUAGAUAAACAGAAAGCCCGAGAGCAUUAUCAAAAGCUUCACGCCCAGGGUAAGACCGACGAAGCCCGCGCAGAUUUAGCUAGGUUAGCUAUUAUCCGACAGCAACGCGAGGAAGCUGCCAAAAAGCGCGAUGACGACAAGAAAAUGAAAGAGGCUGAGAAGGCUGCAAAGACUGCAAGUAUUCAAAAAGCAAUAGGGAAACGAACGUGAAAAUACAUCGUGGCUUAACCAUUGUCUAGCUCCACUCACAGUUCCAAUUGUGGCUCAUUUUACAUUUUUCCCCUUGUUUCCAUGUGUUCGUCUUUGCAAUUGAUGGCUUUGCUAGUGAUUGCCAGCUUUUACAUUACAGUGAAGGCGAAAUGAGAAA